AUGUUUUCCUUGGAGUUUGCGAGCGGCCGCCCGCUUGGUAGCGCGCCGUACUACUCGCUUGUCGUCCGGGACCCGUACAUUGUUGGCAGGGACCGCAGCGCCGAUAUCGUCCUGGACCACGCCGACAUUGCAACGCAGCACGCCUCGUUGACGGUGAUGCGUGAGAGCCAGGCGCGGAAGCUGCAGCAGACCCAGCUGCUGCACCGGCGGGCGCCCGGCGGCGACGAUGACGACGAGGCGAGCGGCACAGACGACAACGACGGCGAGGUUGUGGGAAGUUUUCUCAACGACGCAAAGACACAGAUGAACGGGGUGGUGUCGAUGAACGAUUACCCCACGAUGGACGGGCCGGGUAAGGAGGCGGAUGAGCACGACCCCACGGCGGAAGCAGGCUGGGAUGAAGCGCCGAGUCAACUGCACGGGAACAACCCACUCGUGUUGCGCGUAGUGAAACUCCCUGACGGCGGCGACGUGCUGGCGAAUGAAACGGCGGUGGUGAACCACCCGGUGUACCUUGCCGACGGCGCACAGCUGCAGUUUGGCGCCCACAUUCGCCUGCGCCUUCGCUUUCGCCCGCUUGUCGUGAGCGUCGCCCGCGGCGUCUUGAGCGCUGACGACGUGCGCGAGCUGGAGACGAUGUACUACCGUCUAGGUGCCACGACGACGGGGCCGAGCGGGCCUACGCCGCUGCUUGACAUGCCGCAGCCAAUCGGCAGGUUGUACUGUGUAGAGGCCAUCAAUGACGAUCCGUGUUGUCUCAUGGCGCUCGCCAGCGGCUACUCCAUCGUCCAGCCGAAGUAUGUAUUUGAGUGGUUUGCCGCACUCGCUCAAGGUGCCUCCUCGCCGCUCACCGUCCUGCCCCCACCCGUGCGCUUUGAGGUGCCGAUUCAGUGGCACGGAGCCACGGCCGUACACACAGCGUUUUACCUCCGGCCAGAGUCUGACGUCUGCCCGUUUCCAUUGUACCCGAUUCCCACCACGGCCACACGGAAGCGUUCUCGCGACGCCUUGUUCAAGGGGAAGAAGUUUUUUUUCGUGACGAGCGCAGUGGAGCAACGCUACAAGCAGCCCGUGCUGGCCUGCGGUGGGGAGGUUCUCCACUUGGAGGAUAUCGUGGCCAUCACGGCGGAGGCAUCCGCCGCUCAGACGCCAGCGGCUACCGAAGGCGGUGGCGAGGACGAUGCUGCACCCCACACCACCGAGGACGGCGACCCCGCGAUGGACGCUAAGAAGAGGAAAAGUGAGGAGGGGGAGGCGAAGUCCCCUGCAGUCAAGCACUACGUUGUGGUGGACGCUGACACGGAGGGGGUGCUGCAACUGAACAGUGACCCCGCCCUGGACUCGCUCCAUAGCCUUUUGGAAGAGGCCGAACGCGCGGGCAUUGCGGUGCCCAUUAUCGCCGAGCGCAGCCUCUUCUACUCGCUGCUUACCAACCGUCUCACCGUCUGUGAGGUGGCGAGGGCUUCCAGCGCCGAUGCCGUUCAAAGCGGUAGCCAGCUGCUGCCCCACAGGGAAUCUCCCUCGGUGGGUGUUGAGUACACCGAAGGUGGCAACGAGGUCCCUGCUACUUCGAUGGGGUUGGGCGCGCGUGUCUUGGACUUUGCUUCGUACACUGCAGGAGGGGCGCCGCUGUCGCGUCGCCGGGUCGAUGUUUGCUUCCGCACGCAGUCGCCAGGGACGAGCCGUAGGCGGGAACACGGGACGGCUGAGGCGACAAAAACGCAACAGCGCGGGCGACAUUCACCGACAGCGAUGCGGGACGUGGUGGGAGUCAACCUCUGGGAGGCGCUCCGUCUUCGGGUGCGUGCGUUUGUGCUACGGGAUGGGGCAAAACUACAGGAGAACCUUGCGGGAUCGUGGCGAAAUCUUUUCGUUGACGCGGAGGUGCUGGAACACGCCCGCGAGUGCCAGAUCCAGUCGGUGGGAUACCUUGAUAAGCUGGAAGGCAUGCUGCCGGAGCUUGGCGAACACCCGCGCCUCGCCAAUGACGUUUACAACGUCCAGAAGGACUGCCACGAGGUACUACGCACAGCACAUGAAAUUGUGGAGAUUGCCAAGUGCGCCGCACGGCGUUCUCAACACCCGAGCCGCCCGCGUCGCGUGUCGCUGAACGGCCUGCUGCAGCAUCCGUGCACCGCCCCCAUCGGCAGCUGGAUGCCGCGCCGUUCGGUUUCCCCCGAGGUGGGGAAGGGGCGGGACACAAUCCUCCGUGGGUCCUCGCCGCUGGCGCCGGUCACGCAGCUGUUCACGCCACGGCGUGCCGGAAAGACGUCACUCGCCACACCCCGUUCAACCCGUGGAAGGGGCGGUAAAAAAGCACACACCACACCGGCAGCCGACACGUCCGCGCACGUCAAAGAAGCCCAUGACAGCAGGCAGGCGGUUCUUUUCGCCCCUACGCCAGGCACGACUUUCCCAGAGCCUGCGGGCGAGGCACCGCGGCAAGUGCCCCUGCUGCCCUCAUCACUGCCGCUGUCGAGGUUGGAGCCGCCCUCCGUCGUGCAUGUCCGCGGUGCCGCGUGGCAGACUCCUCGAACGGUCCUUCAGCCGCCGCAACAUUCCGCAGAGCCAAAGGUGGAGGUGUCUGUCGUGCCACAGGUGACAUCUGCACGGCGUUCAACGAUGAAGCCCCUCCACUUAACGCAUCUUGCAGCUUGCGGGCUCAACAGCGGUAAAAACAGUGGACGAGCAUCAUCAUCCAGGUGUGUGGUUUCUUGGAGGGAGCUCUCAAGCUCGAGGAGUCAUGGUCAGCACAGGACUAGCUAUACUCCGCGGCGGCAGCACAGGCAGCGCACACCCCGUCCACAUUCCGGACGUCACAUCCACAUCGCAGUUGAUCGGAUCAUCGCGACGCCCGCACGCUGA